CGCUCGCUCUCUGUCCUGUCAGUGUGAUCAAUGCCUGACUUCCUCCUUUGGCAGGGCUCCGCGCUAGAACACCGAAACUGACGGGCGCUACUCAGUUCACAGCAGCAGCAGUGGAAGCGGGUGCGCGCGCACGCAUACAUACACACACUCUCACCCAGACAUACACACUUUCACCCUGGAUCCUCUGGGUUCCGGCACUCAGCUGGCGAGAUGAGCGCGGGGGAUGUGGUCUGCACCGGCUGGCUCAUCAAAUCUCCCCCGGAGAAGAAGCUCAAGAGAUACGCUUGGAGGAGGCGUUGGUUCGUGCUCCGCAGGGGCCGUAUGAACGGAGACCCCGACGUGCUGGAGUACUACCGCAGCAAGAGCUCCCGGAAGCCGAUCCGCUCCAUCGACCUGCGGGAAUGCGAGGUCCAAGUGCACGUGGAGGUGCGCCUCAUCCGUCGCGAGUUUCAGAACCAGCACCUGUUCCUGGUCAAGACCUCCUCCCGCAUCUUCUACCUGGUGGCCAAAACGGAGGAGGAGAUGAACAGCUGGGUGCGCAGCAUCGGCCAGAUCUGCCACUUUGACCUCAUGAGUGACAGUACUGACUCGGUGGAGUCCCAGCAGCCCUCUCCCGCCAUGUCUCCUGAUGCAGCCAGCCCUGAGCCUGCCGCCACUGCCGUCACCGCCCCCGCCCUCGUCGCUCCCACCCCCACCCCUACCGGCGGAGGUGCCGCCGAGGGGAGUCGCAGCGAGUCGGAGCGCAGCCUGCCGCUGGACUACCUGUUCCUGUCGCAGUGCGAGACGGGGCCAGCCAGCGUCACCAGGUGCAACAGCUGCUCGAACUCGGACCGCUCUUUGGAGUACAGCUCCUCAGACAACACCUUCGAGGACGUGUUCCCAUCACCCCUGUGCCCCAACCCAUUCUCCCCCUUCCUAGCGCUGGGCCCCACGGACCCUCCCCUGAGCGCCUCGUCCUCCAUCUCCUCGCAGAACCUCCACCACCCCCUGGCGGAGGUGUUCCAGUUUGACAAGCCACCCUCCAGCUCGCUCCCGAACGGGAGUGCAGACGGCUGUACGCCACCACCGCGGCCGCCCAAGCCCAGCCACUUCACCGAGCGCAGCCCCGAUGAUAGCUGCCACCUUGCCAUUCCACGGAGGAUCUCACUGGCGGGACUUGAUCAUGUGCGGAGAGGGGAGUUCGAGGGGAGGACAGCAAGGAGCUGGAACAAGCGGCUCAGCCUCAAUUUGCCUCACUCAGUCAUGAUCGGCAGCCCCAGCUGGGGUUCCUGCAACGAAGACUCGUACGUGCCCAUGGACUCUCGCGUGUCCUCCCCUGUCUCCACGCUGGACGGCUCCUCGGACGGCUACAUUCCCAUGAGCCCUUCCUCCGCCAAAUUCCUGUUGUCGAACGGCAACGCUGACGCUCCACCGCCCGUACCCCCGUCACGACGAAUGCCCUGCGACCUGGAGCCCCCACCUGUGAACCGGGACCUGAAACCCCGCAGAAGAGCGAGACCUCCGCCUCUGGACCUGCGUGGUCUGUCCACCAUCAGAGAAUAUCCCACCCACCUGCCCCUCAUAAGAACUCAUACAGAACCUGGUACCUCAAUAAACUGUUGGCAACUGGAGAGGAAACCUUUCACUGGAGGACUACCAGGAGGCCAAGAAGACAGCUGCUUCUUAAUGGAGUCAAAGCAGCUCUUCUUAUCCCCAAAUGGCAACGCAGCGUCUCUCUGGCCGAGACGGUCGAACCUCGAUUAUCUGUCGCUGGACUUCAACUCGGCCUCUCCCUCGCCCGUCCAGAAGAAGCCCUUUCUCUCCGACGAAGACCGAGUGGACUACGUUCUGGUGGACGAACAGAAGACACAGGCUUUGCAGAACACUAAAAUGGAGUGGAAGGACGUUCGCCAGUCCAAGGUGUAAUGCAUGCUGGGAAAAAGCGAGAACAAAACACGAACCCGACAGAAAAUUCGCUUCUCCAAAAAAGUCCCCAGCAUCAAUCCUUGCUGUGUUAUACUGAACCAGACCAAAAAAAAGCUUAGCUCAAAAAUCGUUUUGUACAAUCAAUACAAUUAUUUUGCUGAAAGACAGUAAUAAAUAGUUAAUAGCUUCAAAAGGAAACAUAAAAUACUAUGAGUAAUUAAUACAGUACGUAAGCACUUUCCAGAUCUAUGUAUAAAAUCCACGAGUGAAUUUCAUAGCAUGAGCAGUGUGGCUUGUUGCCUGUGGCAAUAGCACUUUAUAACACAUCAUUCGAUGUCAUAUGUGUAAAAACAUGGAAGAAAGUUUGAUAUGUAUAUACAAGUCACAAGUAAUUGUAAUUGGAGCAGCUGGAUUUCAGUUUUUGGCCUUUAAGAACAGCACUGGAGUAAGAGCGUGGCUGAGUGUGGGGGGAGGGGUGUGUGUGACACGUACUUGGAAAACCCACCUUUAUUUUUUCCUUUUCAUAUGAGUAAGAGUGAGGAAGAGCAGCGCCCAGCGUCCCAUGGAACCCGCAGCGAGUGCUGCUUGGAUGAGCCCCGUCACCUCCGUCACACUCCUUUUGUCUGACUGGCAGUUUGUCAGAGCUGAGAUGCAGCUACACAUGAGGGCCACACACCGGGCCCCUGCCGACCCGCCCCUAGGUCUUCCAUCCCAUCCCGAUCCAGGUCCCAUCCGGCCCACUCCCGCCCUUCGGCCGUAACGAUUACGGUUCGACUCCAGCAGUGUCACGCAGGUGCCACUAUGCUGUGAUCACAUCCACUUCACUACGCUUCACAAUGAAGUACGCAUUACAGGACUUAUUUCACGCUCACAUGCGAUUUACAUUCAAAUGAGAGAUGAUUAAUAAGUUGGGGAGGACUUUUAGGGUACCCAGGAAUGAAAUCUUCACCCAGAUCUUUACUGAAACCAAUAUGUAUGUAGCACAAAAAAGUAAACAUGGAGGUGACAGUACAGUACAGUGCAGUAUGCGGUGUUACAGCCUCACCGACCACAAAGUCAUUGUCUGUUCCCUUCAACUCAUUAUGGGUAGCGUAUGGUCACAGAGCGGCAAAAGUCAAUAAGAUCGAGUACUUCGCAUAUUUUCGAAAAUUUCACCUGUAAUGGGGUUUCAAAUGCUUUGAAAUCAGGGCUGUGACAAUGUGAAGAUUGAAGAGGCUUUUGUUUUUUCUUUAAUUAAUCUAGUUUACAUUCCUUCUAUAGCUCAUCUUUAUAUCCGCCAAGCAUAGAGAUGUUUUGACCAACACCUGUGACUGUGCAUAUUUAUUUCGAAAUCUUUUUCCCAAAGGUUUUAUCUGCCGAUCACCACUUUUUUGCCCACUUGUGAUUUAUCGUCGCUGGCUUUUUUAGCUUGCUGAUCCCUGUGUAGCCUUGUUUAUUCCAUCUCUAAUCAGUUUAUACAACGUUGUAUAUUCAUUGGAUCAGCUGACUGAACUAUUUCUUUUUUAUUGCACACAUCUUGUGAUGCACUUGGACACGUCGUUGGUGAUGAUUUAGUGAAUCACAUGAUUCAACACACUGAUCCUAAGACAUCGAUACAGUACUACGCAUAAUUUGAGCAGUAAAAUGGGUUUUCUUUAUUUUCUCAUUUCUUAUAAUUAAACCAAGUAAAUUAGUACUGAACUUUACAUCAUUUAAUAAUAAAGUUGCUGAAAAGCUUAGAAUGAUAAAGAAAAAAAUUGCUGUAAUGGCUGUUUAACUGAAAUGAUGAACUCUUGUGUUAUUUGUUUUAUGGAAAUGUUAGAAAUGUCUAGCUAUUUUUCACUUUUAUAGAGACUUCCAGAUCAACCCAAAAUCAUUCAUUAAUUCAUUCAUCUAUCUAUUUAUCAGCAACUGCUUUUUUGAUGCAGAGUUGUGUCGGUUCAGAAACGCAGGGUGAGAGGCAGGGUAUACCCUGGACAGUACACUAGUCCCUCCCUGAGCAAUUACAUACACUCAUUUACUCGCACAUACACACUCCACACGUGAUUUAGAGUCACCGAUUCACCCGAAACACAUGUCUUUGGACUGUGGGAGGAAACCCACUGAAAGUCAUUCAACAGCUCAAUCAAAAAUAAUUGAAAGCUCAGCUGGAAAUAACCAGAAUGCACAGUGGUCCAACAGGUCCAGGUCAGAAAAGUCAUCAAGUAAAAAUAGACAAUGCUGUUGAACAGUGUUAAUUCAUUUGAAUUAAACCUUUUCAGAUUUUCCUUUAUAUUAAAAUAAUGCUCUUUGUUUUAUUGAUUUUAGGACUUUAUAACUGGGACUGUCAUUAGUCAAAGCAAGCCCUGAAAUUUUUUAAAUUGUUUGAUUAAGAGAGAUUACAUGUAAUUCUAAGGCCUAGUACUGUGACCAUCAAAAUGUUCAACAGAGGAAAAUUAUUUUCCCCGAAAAAAGUGACAGGAAUGCAAAAGUGAUCAAAAUGGUUGGUAUUCCUCGUUUCCUUGCAUGAAUUAAGAACAAAGUCUGGUUAGUCACUUUUAUGUAAAAUGCCAAUACCUAAAAGAUGAUUAUUGCACUCAUUAAUUAAUGAAUGAAUUAAUUAAUUAAGAUUAAAUUAGAUUAAUUUAACUGAUUUAUAG